AUGCCUUUGGUUAAGAGGAAUAUUGAACCACGGCAUUUGUGCCGGGGGAUCGUGCCAGAUGUGGUCACCAGUGAGCUGGAAUGUGUCACCAACAGUACCCUGGCUGCUAUCAUCAAACAGCUAGGCAGCCUUAGUCGCCAUGCAGAGGACAUCUUUGGGGAACUCUUUAAUGAAGCCAAUAGCUUUUACAUGCGCAUGAAUUCCCUACAGGAAAGGGUGGACCUUCUGGUUGUCAAAGUCACACAGCUAGACUCAACCGUGGAAGAAGUGUCCCUGCAGGAUAUUAAUAUGAGGAAGGCGUUUAAAAGCUCUACAAUACAGAACCAGCAAGUAGUAUCCCGAAAUUCCAUACCAAAUCCAGUUAUGGAGAUGUACCAGCGCUGUGACAAACCUCCCCCACUCAAUAUCCUUACCUCAUACAGGGAUGACAAGAAGGAUGGGCUCCGGUUCUACACAGACCCAUCUUAUUUCUUCAACUUAUGGAAGGAGAAGAUGUUACAGGCCACCGAAGACAAGAGGAAAGAGAAAAGAAGACAGAAGGAGCAAAGGCUAGUGGAAGAUCCCACACGUGAGGUAAAGAAAGUACGCAAAGCCCGGAACCGGCGACUAGAAUGGAACAUGAUGGCGUAUGAUAAGGAAUUCAGACCAGAUAACAGGUUCUCACCAUCUCCAUAUCAUGUGACUUCAUCCGAGGGAUCACUGUCCCCUGAUAAUAGAUCCUAUGCUUCAGAUCUUGAUCAUUCUUACCCUGCAAGUCCUAAUCAUCCUACACAGCAAAUCAUGGUGCCUGCUCCUCACAUGACAGCAGAGAACAAAGAGAUAAUCUUGAUGGCCAAUCAGGCGCAAGAGCAUGGGUAUCGAUCCUCUGCACCUGGUAGCCGCCAGAACAGUCUAAACAGAGCACAGCAGGCGCAUGCAACACAGCCCCCAGAAGCAAUCCUUAAUGGGCCACGACCGCAAGUGCUGAAGGAGUAUAGUGGUCAGCAGGUGCUAAUGACUGAAUACUUUGUGCCUCCAGCACCUCCACCUCCUCCUCCAGUCAUCCCUUCUGCUCAAACUGCUUUUGACAGCCCCAUUUCAGCACCAACUCCGAUGGCCCCCAACAUAGCAUCAAUGGCCCUCUCAGCCUACAUCCCUGCUCCUCCUCCUGCACCCCCAUGUCCUUAUUCAAGCUCUCCCCCUCAGCCUGGUACCACUGGUCCUCCUGUAGCUCCACCCCCGCCACCACCUGGCCCCCCAACAUUCACUGCCUCUCCUGCACACUCAGCCUCCCAUCAGCCCAUCACUGUGGAGCCAAGAAAACCUCAGAUUCCCAUUAUCCCAAUGAGUGACGCCAGAAGUGACCUUUUGGCUGCAAUUCGCAGAGGUAUUCAGCUACGAAAAGUCCAGGAACAGAGAGAACAGGAGGCAAAGAAAGAGCCAGUGGGCAAUGAUGUGGCCACCAUCCUUUCCCGCAGGAUCGCCGUGGAAUACAGCGAGUCAGAUGAUGACUCAGAGCUAGAGGAGAAUGAGUGGUCAGAUUAAGUCCUGUUUUCACUCCACCAGAACUGUUAAAGCUGCUGAUAUACUGUAACUCUCACUGUUAACUUUGCUGUAUAUAGAACUGUGGAAGAGGAACCCUGAGCUGUGCCGUUUG